AUGGACCUCCCUAUCAGUGCUGUGGUCUUCCUCUUCCUCUCCUACCAUCUCGGUGAUGCAGAAGACCGAAAACAUAGUGCAGUCCUCACUGUGACCAAUGGAGGGAAGGAUGGUACAUGGGGGAAACCUGAAUUCUGCCCCACUGGAUAUGCAAAUGGAUUCCAAAUGAAGGUUCGCAAAGAUGUAAAUGAAGCCUUUAGAAAAGAUUUCACUCUGAAGGGCAUCCGUCUUCACUGCACUGACGGCAAAACAGUAGAGUCUAAAAGUGGAAAGCUCGGGGAAUGGACUGAGGUUCAGAGAUGCCCCAAUGGCAACAUGGUUUCCUUUUCUUUGACUAUUGAAUUACCACAUCCGCUAACUCCUCAUGCAGUCACUAACCUCGAGGUCCUCUGCAGUGGUGGGGCUAAAGUGAAGAAAGAUAUCUUUAAGCACAUGGAAGAGGGCCGAAUGAGCAAGCACUGCCCUAGUGGCUUCAUAUGUGGCAUCCAAACAAGGGUGGCGAAUGAGAAUCAAAUGCUUGGUAAAGUAGAACUUCGUGAUGUAAAGAUGUUCUGUUGUGACUGA